UCCGUGUCUAUAAAUAGUCCCACCUCCGCUUUUCUUCUUCGCGCCGUCUUCACCUCCUUCCACUCUCUCUGCACGCCCCUCUCUCCUCUUCGGGACCGCUUCGUUCGCUGCGAGGGGAAGAUGGCGUCACACAUUGUUGGGUAUCCUCGCAUGGGGCCGAAAAGAGAGCUCAAGUUUGCUCUGGAAUCAUUCUGGGAUGGGAAGAGCAGUGCCGAGGAUUUGCAGAAGGUUGCCACAGAUCUCAGGCGUUCCAUUUGGAAGCAAAUGGCUGACGCUGGGAUCAAAUACAUUCCUAGCAACACUUUUUCUUAUUAUGAUCAAGUGCUCGAUACCACGGCUAUGCUUGGGGCAGUUCCCGACAGGUAUGGUUGGACUGGUGGAGAGAUUGGGUUUGACACCUACUUCUCUAUGGCCAGAGGAAAUGCCUCUGUACCUGCUAUGGAGAUGACCAAGUGGUUUGACACCAACUACCAUUUUAUUGUACCCGAACUGGGUCCAAGCACAAAGUUCUCCUACGCUUCUCACAAGGCUGUUUCUGAGUACAAGGAAGCAAAUGCGCUUGGAGUUGACACAGUUCCAGUGCUUAUUGGACCUGUCACAUACUUGUUAAUGUCAAAACCUGCUAAAGGUGUAGAGAAGUCAUUUUCUCUUCUCUCACUUCUGGGAAAUGUUCUGCCCAUCUACAAGGAAGUUAUUGCUGAGUUGAAGGCAGCUGGUGCUUCUUGGAUUCAGUUUGACGAGCCCACUCUUGCGAUGGAUCUAGAUUCUCACCAAUUGCAAGCAUUUUCUGAUGCCUACUCUGAACUAGAAUCAUCAUUCUCUGGUUUGAGUGUGCUAAUUGAGACCUAUUUUGCUGAUGUUCCUGCAGAGGCAUACAAGACGAUCACUGCAUUGAAAGGCAUCUCAGGUUUUGGAUUUGAUCUUGUGCGUGGAACCAAGACACUUGACUUAAUCAAAAGUUCUGGCUUCCCUGCUGGAAAAUUUCUUUUUGCUGGAGUUGUGGAUGGGAGAAACAUUUGGGCCAAUGAUCUUGCUGCCUCUCUCAGCACUCUUCAGGUUCUUGAGGCUGUUGUAGGCAAAGAUAAGCUUGUGGUCUCUACUUCUUGCUCACUCUUGCACACUGCUGUUGAUCUUGUAAAUGAGACAAAAUUGGAUAGUGAAAUUAAAUCGUGGUUGGCUUUUGCUGCCCAAAAGGUGGUUGAAGUGAAUGCACUUGCCACAGCAUUGGCUGGGCAGAAGGAUGAGGCUUUCUUCUCAGCAAAUGCUGCUGCUCAGGCUUCAAGGAAGUCAUCUCCUAGAGUGACAAAUGAAGAAGUUCAGAAGGCUGCUGCUGCUUUGAAGGGCUCUGACCAUCGCCGAGCCACAAAUGUUAGUGCCAGAUUAGAUGCACAGCAGAAGAAGCUGAACCUACCAAUCCUUCCGACCACCACCAUUGGUUCAUUCCCUCAGACCAUGGAUCUCCGAAGAGUUCGACGUGAAUACAAGGCAAAUAAAAUCUCUGGAGAGGACUAUGUCAAAACUAUCAGAGAGGAAAUUAACAAAGUUGUCAAGCUUCAAGAAGAACUUGACAUUGAUGUCCUGGUCCAUGGAGAGCCGGAGAGAAAUGAUAUGGUUGAAUACUUUGGGGAGCAACUCUCAGGCUUUGCAUUCACGGUUAAUGGCUGGGUGCAAUCUUAUGGGUCACGUUGUGUUAAGCCACCCAUUAUCUAUGGUGAUGUGAGCCGUCCCAAGCCCAUGACUGUUUUCUGGUCAACAAUGGCGCAGAGCAUGACGGCUCGGCCAAUGAAGGGAAUGUUGACAGGUCCUGUCACAAUCCUUAACUGGUCCUUUGUCAGGAAUGACCAGCCAAGAUAUGAGACCUGCUAUCAGAUUGCUCUUGCUAUCAAGAAAGAAGUUGAAGAUUUGGAAGCUUCUGGUAUUCAGGUUAUUCAAAUUGAUGAAGCAGCUCUCCGGGAAGGCUUGCCUCUACGCAAGUCCGAGCAGGCUUUCUAUCUGGAUUGGGCUGUCCACUCCUUCAGGAUCACUAACUGUGGUGUCAAGGACACUACUCAGAUUCACACCCACAUGUGCUACUCUAACUUCAACGACAUUAUCCACUCAAUCAUUGACAUGGAUGCUGAUGUAAUUACCAUUGAGAACUCCCGUUCAGAUGAGAAACUCCUGUCUGUGUUCCGCGAGGGAGUGAAAUAUGGUGCUGGUAUUGGCCCCGGGGUGUAUGACAUCCACUCUCCAAGAAUCCCAUCCGCGGAGGAGAUUGCUGAUCGCAUCAACAAGAUGCUUGCUGUGCUUGAGACCAACAUUCUGUGGGUUAACCCUGACUGUGGGCUGAAGACCCGUAAGUAUGCUGAGGUCAAGCCUGCACUCACCAACAUGGUUGCUGCUGCUAAGGUCCUUCGCACCCAGCUGGCCAGUGCCAAGUAAUUCUUGAACCGCCCACAUAAUUUCCAAAAUGAUUUACGGUUAAGGAAGAGUUCUCCACUCAUCCCUAAUAAUAUUGGUCUGCAUUAUGCCGGGCAUUUGGCUAGAAAACUAUUAGGUUUCUUUGAUAUGGACAUUUUCAUUUGUUUCUUCUCCCUUCAAGGUUAUUGGGACAGUUUUCUGUCAGUGUGUACCACGAUUAGUUUGAAAGCCAAAAAAAAAGAAAAAAUGCUGUUAGUUGGCUUUUGAUUGGUCCCCUUGUUUUCUAUACUCAAAAAUAAGGAUCCCUACAAGCAAUAUUGAACAUUUAUGGAUUUUUUUAAUUGUAAUAUUAUCUGAUGGCAGUUGAAA